GAUUGGGCGACGACAGGAUGGGCGUUACUUUAAAAUAGCGCGAGUGGAAGUAAACAAUUCAAGCGUUCCUGCUUUAAAAAAAAAAAAAUACUCACUGGAGGAGUGAAAUACUUGUAGUCGCUUUUAAAUGCGCCUUCGGAUGAGUGCGUUACGUGUAAAUAUGCGUGGGGUGAAGAAUGAAUCUCUGGAAAUUAUGGAAAAUGUGAAGCCGAAGCGGAAGAGGCAGAGGACGCGUGCAAAAGACGAAGAACCUUCAGUCGGCACUUCGCUCCCCCCGUACCAUAACUUCCGUGAGCCUGCCGACGUUGGCCGCCUGCGGACUCGCCUCCUGAGCUGGUACGACCUGGAGAAGAGGGAGCUGCCCUGGAGGACGCUGGCGCAAAUCGAGACCGACGUCAACAUAAGAACUUACGCAGUGUGGGUGUCAGAGGUCAUGCUGCAGCAGACCCAAGUGGCGACAGUCAUCGACUACUACAAAAAAUGGUUGAAGCGAUGGCCCACCGUUGCGGAUCUCGCAGCUGCGACUUUAGAGGAGGUGAAUCAGAUGUGGGCGGGACUCGGCUACUAUUCACGAGGGAAGCGACUGCACGAAGGCGCCCGAAAGGUGGUGUCGGAGCUCGGAGGACGGAUGCCCGACACGGCGGACGAGCUCCUGCGACGGCUCCCCGGGGUGGGCCGCUACACCGCCGCGGCCGUCGGCUCCAUCGCGCUGGGCCAUGUUACCGGGGCCGUGGACGGCAACGUGAUACGGGUCCUGUGUCGCAUGAGGGCCGUCGGGGCCGACUGCACGAGUCCCGCGGUCACGGAGGCCCUUUGGGCCCUGGCGAACACGCUGGUGGACCCCGGGCGACCAGGGGACUUCAACCAGGCCAUGAUGGAACUUGGGGCCCGGGUGUGCACCCCUAAGGGGCCCUUGUGCCAGCAGUGUCCCGUACGCUCUCAUUGCCACUCUUACCUCAAGGUUCACGCCAGACAAGAGCAGAAUUCCAGGAAGUUUUUGGGGUCAAAGGGCACGAAGCCCCCGGCACUCCCAGACAUCGAAGAAUGCGGCGCCAGCGGAACGUGCCGGCUGUGUCCGACCGAGCCGUGGGACGAGGAGCUGGGGGUCCAGAACUUCCCGAGGAAGCCGGCCAAGAAGCCCCCCAGGGUGGAGCGAACCUUGACGUGCGUCCCGACCCGACGUGGAGGAGAUGGCGAGGACGAGUUCCUGCUGGUGAAAGGACCAAAUAAAGGGUUGCUGGCGGGCUUGUGGGAGUUUCCCAGCGUUCCGCUGGCGGAGGUGGACGAUUCCGAAAAGAAACAGCAGGCGGCGCUGUGCGCCCACCUCGGCAACAUCCUGGGAGCGCCGCUGACUGGCAACCCCCUCCAGUACGCGGGAGAGGUGCUUCACGUCUUUUCGCACAUCCGCCGGACGUACGUGGUCCACACUUUGCGUCUGGGAGGCGGCGAUGAGGCGCGGCCACGGCCGGCGAACGUGCGCUGGAUCGGCAGGUCGGCGCUGCGGGAGGCCGCCGUGUCGGCGGCGGUCAAAAAGACGGUGAAGCUUUGCGACUCCGCGGGCCUUCGGAACCAGCAGAGCUCCCCGGUAAGCGCUGCGUCCAUUCCGGGAAUCAUCCGGCCUACGAGUGGAAUUUUCAAAACACGCCGAGAGGAAAAAGGACGACGACGACAGGAAGAAGCCGAAGCGGCGCCAUCUAGCGGCAGCAAGACGCAAACGUCGCUGAGGUCUUUCUUCGGGACCCCCAAGCGGGAACCCUGCUGAGUAUUUUGACGGUCUCUCCACGGCGGUCGGGAUUUGGUCUGGGGAUCGUGCGCCUAACGGCGAAGCUGGGCCGGAUUCUUGUGGAAUUAGUGGAGGGAAGUUUUUCCAAAAAACGGGUGGAAGAUUCUGGAAAUUCAAGGGGGCCAUUUUGGAAAUGCAGCCAAAGUUUUGAAAUCUGGUUUAAUCAGGAUUAUGCGCAAAUAAUAUUUCCCCUGAACUGUAUUUAAAUUCUCUAUUAAAAGUCAACGUCCACUUUUGUAAAUUCCUGCUUUAUCACGGUUAAUUCCCAUAAAUUGCCGUUUGUUCCCAAUUUAAAAAAUUCCACAAAAUAGAACUUUUGAAGACUUCAUUUGAUUUUUAAUGCUGCCGUAUUGUCACAGAACUUUAAAUCCACCCGUACCUCGACCACCACUUGAACCAGGAUUCAAAUUUGAAAUUGAAAGCGAUGACAUUAUCAAUAUUUGUAACUUUUCAAUGUUAACAAUUCAACUGGCUACAAUUCGCCGUCUGUGGCACCAGGCAGGGUUACUUCAGGUCAGAGCCGAGCAGCCGGCCAAUCGCAGUUACGCUUUCUUAGCAUGUGACGUCACGUGACUGAGAAAGCCUAUCUGUGAUUGGCUGGCUGUUUGGUUCUGACCUGAGGUAACCCCGCCUGGUGGCAAAGACUUUGGAUUUCAGACGGCGAAUUGUAGCAACUAUUGAAAAUGUGAUCACUUUACGUUUCAAAUUUAAAUCCUGUUUUUUUUUUUUUUAAUUUUAUGGCAUUUUAAAUUCAAAUCCCGGUGGGACUAAUUCCAUAGAAGUGGGGAAAAUUAAAAUUUGUACAAAAUGUAGCGACCCUGCGUUGUGGAUAAGGAGAGCCACAAUUUUACUUUUCAGCAAUUUAAUGAACUGGAUAAAUAGUCAAAACACAAGAUGGGAAGACAUGCAAGGAGCUGCUGUAGGCCACUACUCACACUCACGUGCUCACACUGAAGUCAACCAACCCAAGUUCAGCUUUUGGUUUCACCAGAUCUGACGCACGGAUACUACAGUACCCACAAUAGACCUGAUAUCAACAUCUUAUUUCUUUAUAUUCCCAUGUUUUCAAACAAUAAACUGAUGUAUUUUAUUCAAAACAAAAAUGCAGUUCUUUUGACUUUCUUGUAUGUCGUUUGCGUGAGGAACUUCAAACUUUCUGGCUGUUUACGGCGUCACAACAUCCGGCCAACGUCAGCUCACUUGUCCACGUUUCCCUCGUUUUGGGCUUGUACGUGGCGUAGUACUACGUAAUAUUUACGAUAUGCGCAAAACGUGAAACAAAGUGAGAAUGCCAGCGCUCCGAAAAUGUGAACGAUUUAAAGAUGGACAACCCGCUCAAUGUGAAAGCAAAAAAAUGAUCUGCUGAGGGGAAAAAAAAAAAAAAUAUUUACCCACUAGUCUCAUGUUGGGCGGCACGGUGGGUCAGCGGGUAAAGCGUCGGCCUCACAGUUCUGAGGUCCCGGGUUCAAUCCCGCACCCGCCUGCGUGGGUUUUCUCUGGGUGGGCACUCCGGUUUCCUCCCGCAUCAUUAAUUGGAGACACUAAAUUGCUCGUAGGUGUGAUUGUGAGUGCGGCUGUUUGUCUCAAUGCGCCCUGCGAUUGGCUGGCGACCAGUUCAGGGUGUACCCCGCCCGCCUCCUUCCUGCCCGUUGACAGCUGGGAUAGGCUGCAGCACUCCCCGCAUCCCUCCUGAGGAUAAGC